AUGAGAAAGAACAUGCGAACACUAAGCUAUGGAAGAAAGCAGUCCAAUGCUAGACAGAGCUUAGAAGUCAAUAAGCCAAAGCAAGAGGAUGGUGUAAGGUGCAACACACAACCGAUAGAAGCAUGUAGUUCCCAACCUGUUCAAUGUAAGAGAAUUAAGAUUAUUAUAAGCAACAAGAAAAAUAGUAUAGCAAAAGAAGCCACCAAUUCUGAACAAACUAUUACUAACGAGCAUAACACAGCCACUAUAAACGAAGAUAAAAUUCAAGCUAUAAAUGCAAGAAUUGAUGAGAGUGGCAUGGCUAAGCCCAUACAAAAUAAAUCCAAUGAUAUACCAAGCAUUUUUAGUGAUAAUCCAUCCCUCAAAGUGUUUAAUGAGCACACAAAAGAUGAAUUGAUCCCCUUCAUUACCAACUUGGAUGUUAAUACACUUUCUCCAAGCACAAUCCAUGUCUUUAAACUUAUAUGCGAGUCUCCCUACUUUCAUUUUGUCUCCAAUAAACUUAGGAGCUUCUUAUUCAAAGUCCUCAACUUUAAAACCGACCUACCAAAAGAGUCAAAGCUGCUUACAGGGGAGUAUCUCAGCAGAUACUUCUGUCCAGUUGAUAAUUUUAGAGACUUGUCCACUCUUUACUCUACGGUUGAUACCUUUAAAGUCUCCAGGACUACCUUUCGCAACAGCAUUCUUUUACAGUCCUUAACUGACAUUUUCAUCCAAAGCAGGGACAAAAAUCAGCUAUUCGAGUCCCUUGAACAGUGUUUUCAGUACCUUCCCCAGUGCAUUUCUUUUGUGGAGUUUCUGUGUAAGAACCCUACUAACUUUAUCUGUAGACAUUUCCUUAUUGUAUAUUGCUUUGGGUUUCUUAGAAGUAUUAAGGCUGAUUUACUUUCAAUCAAGAGCGUGGAGGAUGUCAAAGAAGUUGAUGAAAGUGUAGCAAGUAGAAUAUUCGUAUCGUUUUCAGAAAUAUACAAUGAAUCAACAGGUGAUGGCUUUAAUACUAAAACUAAUGACAGUGUGAUAGAUGAAAAUAAGCCUAACACAAGUACUGGCAACAAACCCAGCAAUAAUACUGAUGCAAAUCAUAUCCUGUCAAAUAAUCUUAUCUUCUCGCUCUUCAAUUCCGAAAACAUGAAAUCAAUCCUCCUCUCCAUUUACAAAAGGCUCUUCUUUUUCUUUCUAUUUAAAAACAGGAGAAUAUUCCAGGGAUUGAAAAUAUUCAGCAUUUUUACAAAGGAAGAAAAGUCAAGUAUUUAUAAGAACAUUAAAAAAUACCGGCCCUCCUUUGUUAAUAUUUUCAAACAGAUAGAUCAAGGAUACCUCCUCAGAAGCAUUGCCAACAACAGCGCCAGCAACGUAGCUUCAGUUAACGGAGAUCUUAUAUUGGCUAUAAAGGAGGAAAGGCUGGACGAGGAAAAUCUAAGAGCAUUUUAUUCUUCCUACUUCUUCUGUUUGGAAAAUUCAAGAACACCUUUAAAAAUCAAAUGCGUAAAUUUAGAAAUAUUCUGUGACGAAUUCAACAAUCGACUUGACAGGUCAUUUAUAAAGUAUAUUAAAAUAUCUGAGAAUGUAAAUGAUGGCUGUUAUACCCUAAAUAUGCUUAAAUUCAUGCACUGCAUAGCAAAGGAAAUUAAUAAGCAGGUAGACAACAGCGAUGGCAUAGACACAAGUUUAAUGGCGCUGAUUGAUACUGUGCAGUUAGUCUCACUGAUUGUGGAUGAUCCACCAUCCUUACUUGAUCCGUCUAAAAUAGAUUACUUUAAUGUUCUAUUGUGUAUUCUGUUCAAUUGUUUUAGAUUACUGAACAGUCCUUUAGUUAUGAGACUACUGCCAGUACUUAGAAGGAUACUUGCCUAUAAGGAAUAUACAAUGAAUGCAGGAAAACUGUAUAACAGAAUAUAUGAGAUAUACAAGUUCAAGGAUCCAUUGUAUAGCAUGGACAUAGACUCAAAUACUAUGUCGUCUUUGCUGGUGAAGUCUGCUAUUAACCAUCCAUCCUUUGAAUCUGCUUUUAGUAUUUACAUUCAAAAAUACAACACCGAAAUACUCUUUGAAAAGGAUAAGGCCAUUAACUCAUUUGAUAAAGAUGGUAGCGUUGUUGAUUUAUUGCCUCCUUUCGAGAAGGGUGUUGUCUCCAACUCUCUAAUCUUUUAUAUUCAAUACAAUCCUCUCUUUUCCGUAUCUUUCUCCUCCAUCCUCGUUGAUACCCUAAAAAGGAAGAACCAAAGUACAAAAUACUUUCUAUCUAUUUUGAAAGAAAAUACUUCACAGUGCUCAUCUUUUAUUACCAGAAAUAUCAAUGCUAUUCAGGAGCUGUUCUUUCAUUUUGAAAAACAGGUUGACGGCGCAGUGUAUCCUUUUGAAUGGGACAUCCUUGAAGUACUCUUUGAGUCCCUAAAAGCAAAGAUAAUCCUGCCUUGCAUGGCCAUUCCUUAUAUUUUAUGUAGAAAAGAUUGCUUGUAUGUUUUUAAAAACUAUAAGGAAAGCUGUGUAAAUUGCAUAAAUGACUGCAUAUACACUUUAAGAAGGAGAAUAGUAAGCAUGCUGAACAGCUACAAGGGUGAUAACGGUGAUAGUAAACAUCAUACACUCGUAGAUCUAUCAAUUAUAGACAAUCUUUUUGAUCUGGAACUUUCAAAUAAUUUUUUUUACUUGUGUUCCAAUAGAAUAUCCUUGAAGAAAACUAUUGAAAAGACUGAUUAUCAAAACGAUAGUCUUGUCGUUUACAUUAUUUUGAGGUGUCUGAGGCCGUUUAGUAAAAAAGAUAAGGAAUUGGUCAUAAAGCAUGUCACUGAGAAUGUUGGGGAGGAGAGGAUCUUUGAAAUGAUAGAAAAGGCAAAGAAGUACUAUGAAAAGAAUCCCAGGGGAAGGCUGCCAGUUGAGUAUGCUCUGUAA